AUGGACACUCAGAAGGACAUUCAACCCACAAAGCAGCAGCCAAUGACACUUAUCUGUGGGAAAUGUCUCACAGAAAAUGACAUAAAAUCCAGGAACCCAGUCAGAUGCAGAGAUUGUGCAUACAGAAUAAUGUACAAGAAAAGAAUUAAAAGGUUGGUGGCUUUUGACACUCAACAAAACACAGAAUUCAGAGAAAUGCCUUUGUUUGUAUUUGGGUUUGCUGUUUUGCUUCUCAUUGUUGUAUGGAUUUUCAUCAGGACACUUACCUUUAUGAAAUAA